AUGGGAGCUUUUCCCGAAGAUGAUGAGAUUAAGGGAUCUAGACUUGCGAGCUUGUGGAUAGCCGAGGGAUUUGUGAAACCCAAGGGAGAUAAGAGUUUGGAGAAAGAGGUCGAGGAUUACUUAAAAGCUCUAGUGGAGAGGGAUCUACUUUUGUGCAACCAAGGAUACCUUCGAGAGCCCCCAAAUCGAAGAGCUUUGGUGCUCGGGUUGCUUUUCGCGCUUUGGGGCCUUUUUAAUGUUUACUUCAAUAUCUAUAACAAGCAGGUUCUCAAAGCUUUUCAUUACCCGGUUACGAUCAGUCUAGUUCAAUUUGGAUUUGGGACUAUUGUUGUUGCUUUGAUGUGGGCAUUCAAUCUCUACAAGCGGCCUAAAAUCAGUGGAGCGCAGCUAGCUGCAAUUCUUCCAUUAGCAGUGGUGCAUACCUUAGGCAACCUCUUCACAAAUAUGAGUCUUGGAAAAGUUUCUGUCUCGUUCACUCACACAGUUAAAGCUAUGGAGCCUUUCUUCUCAGUUAUCCUGUCUUCCAUAUUUCUUGGCGAGCCUCCUACAAUUUGGGUGGUUUUGUCCCUUGUUCCAGUCGUUGGUGGAGUUGCUUUGGAAUCAAUGACUGAGGUCUCCUUCAACUGGGCGGGGUUCUGGAGUGCAAUGGCUUCAAAUUUAUCAAAUCAAUCCCGCAAUGUGCUUAGCAAAAAAAUGAUGGUUAAGAAAGAGUCACACUUCAGCUCCAUUUUCUCUUUAUGCAGGAAUCUCUUGAUAAUUACUGUCAUGUCAUUCAUCUUGAAUAUACCUGUUGCACUCUUCUUCAUGGAGGGUGUCAAGUUCACGCCUUCGUACCUUCAGGCUGCUGGGUUGAAUGUCAAUGAAAUCUACACUAGGUCCCUCUUGGCAGCUCUCUGCUUCCACGCGUAUCAGCAGGUUGCUUACAUGAUAUUGCAGCGCGUUUCGCCUGUCACCCACUCUGUUGCCAAUUGUGUUAAGCGGGUGGUGGUUAUUGUGUCAUCGGUACUCUUCUUCCAUACACCAGUUUCGCUCAUUAACGCUCUAGGUACUGCCAUAGCUCUUGCUGGAGUUUUCCUUUACUCUAGAGUAAAUAGCAUUAAGCCCAACCCAAAAACUGCUUGAAAUUACCAUUGCUAAAUGAACGUUACACGAAAUCUUCUAGUAGUGUAGUGUAGUGACAUGAUUUUUGAAGAAUUGUGACAUGUUGUGAUGAUUAGGUAGCUAUUAGUUUCACAAGAAUGAAAGAAAGUCACGAAAUAUAGUGACAUUUGAAAGUGUAAUUUAAUUUAUUACCUUUCUAAUGGAACAAAAUUUACAGUUUAUACGCACCAAGUUGAUGCGAUGUAAUUAAAUUUUGUUACAUCGAAAAGACCACUAUUUUGUUUUGGGUA